GCCAACCGCCGUUAAACCUCAUCGAAGAAGAAGACGUACUGUUUCACAACUUCGGAGCAACACAGCAACCGAUUGAACAACCAAUGUGCCAAGUACAUUGCAUUGUGGGAAACGUAUCCGCACGUUGACAUUGGUGAUACAGCGCCAGUGAUUUCAAGGACCCAGCCCAUCUUUCUGGACAAGGACAGGUCAGUUCAGAAAUGGGUGCCACUAUGUCCAGUCCUGCUCCACCCACAGUCAAGGCCGAAUCUAUGAUGGCCUCUCCCCCUCCUGCGUUUGUUGGCGGCGUGGCCCCACCACAGGGCUGUCCUAUGCACCAGGCACAGGAACCAGUCAAAGUUGCCCCUCCAUCAGAGUGCCCCAUGCACCAGGCUACUGCUGCUGCCCCUACAGAAGAGAAGCUUGCUGCUGCAGCAGGGCCAGUGCACCAGGACCGGGCCUAUGAGUUUGUGGCGUGUCCUAUGAAGGCAGCAGCAGCCGGACAAGGCCAGACUGACAUUGACCCCACUAACAUGAUGCCUCCACCCAACCAGGUCCCUGCCCCAGACCAGCCCUUCCUUCUACCAGUGAACCGAGAGGAGUCUAAGAUCCCGCGGGCCGGAACAGGCAAGAACUGGGUCUACCCCUCGGAACAGAUGUUCUGGAACGCCAUGCUCAGAAAGGGGUGGCGCUGGAAGGAAGAUGAACUGGGUCAGCAGGACAUGUCCAACAUCAUAAAGAUCCACAACACCAACAACGAGCAAGCAUGGCAGGAGAUUCUUAAGUGGGAGGCCCUCCAUGCUGGGGAAUGUCCAUGUGGUCCAUCCCUGAAACGGUUUGGUGGCAAAGCUAAGGAGUUCUCCCCAAGGGCUCGAAUGCGUCACUGGAUGGGAUAUGAAUUGCCGUUUGACCGUCAUGACUGGAUCGUGGACCGCUGUGGCAAGGAAGUCCGCUACGUGAUCGACUACUACGACGGAGAGAUCAACAAGGACACCUAUGAGUUCUCCAUCCUGGACGUCCGUCCAGCUUUUGACUCUAUAGGUGCAGUCUGGGACAGGAUGAAGGUGGCCUGGUGGCGCUGGACCUCGUAAGCAGCAAGCAAAACACUGUAAAACAAGGUUUUACAUUCUUCAUUUCGAUACUGAGAUGUUAUAAAACGACAACAACAACCCCAAGAAGACCCAUUCAAAACUGCAGUAAAUGCUUCAUCACGUGUCUGUAAUAUACCAGAUUCUCCGUCAUAAUCCUAUUGAUUUCACAUUUGAUUUCACUGUUUGAUGUGUUUUGAGGUGUUUCGGUUCUAGAUUCUUCUAGUGUAGUUUAAACGCCUUGGUGCACACAUUAUCCAGCGAGGGCGAGUGGCUUGCUUUAAGGGUUCGCUGGAGGUAUGGUGCUUGGGUUCUAUCCUCUCAGCCUUUCUAAUAUUGGUAUAAUUGCACAGAGAAUGAUUUGCUAUAGAUAAAUGCGAUGGAGAUGGAUGGGCAACCCAGCAGGAAUGUUGACCUUUCAACCAGACCAACUGCAGGACCCCCCAACCCCCCUUCUAUUUACAGACUUUUUAGUUUAGAUAAUAUACCCUGUUUGUUUUGAUGGUCAAAUAUUAAAAACUUUGUUGAGUAUUUCUAAAACAAAAUAAGAUGACCAAACCACUAUCAUUACAUCGGUCUGGGCUUAAUAUACUGUAGAGCUUUGCAACAUAGUGGGCUGUUUUUUUUUUAUUUGGAUCAUGCUUUUAAACCUCAUACUAUUCAGUUGCGUUUGUCACUUACUGUCUAUUAAAGUGAAAGUAAAACCGUAGUCAGCUAAGUCUUUUUAAAUAGAUGCUUUUAGACUAUUCUGUGGUCAAACCUUUGAGUGUACUCCAUUUUGCUUUUGUCUCAAGAUACCCUUCCUGGUUUUGUAGUGAUCAGGUACACGUAGGCCUAUUCGGAGUUGUAGCUAGUUUUCUUUCUCUCUGUUCUGUCUAGUUGUAUAGCCAUGUCGAAUUUCCCCGUCGGCUACUGUGGGAAGCUAUGCUGAUUGAUUGUAUUUAUUGUCUGUGAGGUUUCUGUGUGUACAGCUGCUUGUUUUCUAAAAUGAUUUUAUUCCUUAUUAUCCAAACUACCAUUAAACUUGGUACUAUUGGCUCUGAAACCA